UUCCGGGGUAAACGGAAGACAGCAGAACAGGAGGAGAAGGAGAAAGACGUGUGCAGGACGCUAAUAAGUCAGUCUUAUUAUUUGUUAUCCAGUUUAUAAUAUUUACGUCGUAUAAAAUACAUAUGUGAUUCUUUAUUUAAGGAUAAAUUGGUCUCGAUGCGCUAGAAGCACUGUGCCGCUUCUCGUGCUAUCUUUGCUUGUUAGUUAGCUUAGCUGGCUAGUUAGCUUAGCUUGUUAGCUGCUAACAGAAGACACAGAAGUUAUCAACACAUCGCUAAGUAGAGAUCAAGUGUGAGAGUAAAGUGUUGUGAUUGUGUGAAAAUGUGCGAAAGAAGCAUAGCAAAGUAUGAGGAGGAACUUUGUCCAACAAAAGAGGAGAAGGAGCGACAACAUCAACUACUGGACGCUGUUUUCAAGAAACAUCAAGUUGUGUUACACAGAACAGGCCUCAAUGAAGCACAUCGUCCUCGUGAGCAGGAGGAUGAACCACAGUCCUCCAACAUACAUGAGGAAGAAGAGGUACCACAUUCCCAACAUAUCAAAGAGGGAGGAGAGGAGCCACAGCCCCCCCACAUUAAAGAGGAAGACGACACGCCACAGACCCAUAAUGUUAAACUGACCCUUCACAUUAAAGGGCAAGCGGAGGACCCACUGAUCUUACACAUCAAAAAUGCAGAGGAGGACCCACUGACCCCCUGCUUUAAAGAGGAAGAGGAGGACCAAGAGGCGCCGCACAUUAAAGAGGAAGAGGAGGAAGAGGGCAUCAGUCAGCCUAAAUGGUUGGAGGAGUUCCCAGUGACUGGUGUCCCUGUGAAGAGUGAAGAUGAUGAGGUGAAAGGUGAAAGUGAGGAGAGGGGAGGGGGGGAGCCUCCAAGCAGCAGCUCAACACAACACAUGACAACAGAAGCUGAUGGAGACCACUGUGGAGGAUCACAAGCAGACAAGCUCUUAGCUCCACUAUCAGAUAGUGAGGACACAACGUCACACUCUCCUGACACUGAUGAUGAAGACUCUAAAGAUGAUAAGACAUGUCACACUGACAACACUCACUUCACAUCUUCUCUCUGUCACAAAACUUUUAAAUACCAUUGUAGUCUGAAAAGACACAUGAGAACACACACUGGAGAAAAACCUUUCUCUUGUUCACUCUGUAGUAAAGGUUUUACACAAAGUCACAAUUUGAAAGUCCACAUGAGAACACACACUGGGGAAAAACCUUUUUCUUGUUCACUCUGUAGUAAAGGUUUUACACAAAGUCACAAUUUGAAAGUCCACAUGAGAACACACACUGGGGAAAAAAAAUGUUCUUGUUCAAUCUGUGGUAAAGGUUUUGCACAAAGUCAGGAUUUGAAAAGACAAAUGAGAACACACACUGGAGAAAAACCUUAUGUCUGUUCAAUCUGUGGUAAAGGUUUUACACAAAGUCCAUAUUUAAAAGUACAUAUCAGCAUACACACAGGUGAAAAACCUCAUGUCUGUUCAAUCUGCGGUAAAGGUUUUACACAAAGUCAAUAUUUGAAAGUACACAUGAGCACACACACUGGUGAAAAAACAUUUUCCUGUUCAAUCUGUGGUAAAGGUUUUACAAAACGUCAAGAUGUGAAAGUACACAUGAGAACACACACUGGUGAAAAACGUUUUUUCUGUUCAACCUGUGGUAAAGGUUUUACAAAACGCCAACAUUUGAAAGUACACGAGAACACACACUGGUGAAAAACCUGUUUCUUGUUCAAUCUGUAGUAAAUGCUUUUCACAAAGUCAGGAUUUGAAAAGACACAUGAGAACACACUCUGGUAAAAAAUCACAUUCCUGUUCAGUCUGCAACAGAAGCUUUGGUGACCGAUCAACCCUUGUAAGACACAUGAGAAGACACCCAGGAGAGAAAGUGUUGAGUUGCAGUGUGUGUGGUGAAAGAUUGUCUUCUAAGUACCAGUGUAAGAAACACAAGUGUGCUGGUGAGAACAGCAGCAGCAAAUGAAACUGCAGGAUUUGAAAUAAACUGUCCAGACUUUCAUUUUGACUUUCUAACAACAUCAGCACAUAUAACAUGUGUGACAUUGUUGUUUGUCUAACAAUCUGUUUAAUAUGCUUCUACAUUUAUUGCUGAGAUAUUUUAUGACAGUGCUUUUUUCAGUCAAGUACAUGCAUAAAUAUGCAACAUUGUGUACUUUUAUUAAAACAUGGACAGAACAAUUUGAGUAAAAAGGUGGGAAUAAACAGUACGGGACAUAUUUUACAUGCAAUAAUCAUUUUAUGGGUGUAUAUAUAUAAAUAUAUGUAUAUGUGUGUACGUAUAUAUGUGUGUAUGUAUAUGUAUAUAUAUUCAGCAUACAAUUUUAGACUUAUUCAUAUGAAAUAUUGAAGUAUUACAUAUUUGUAUUUGUAAUUGUUAAUAAUGCCAUAGAUUAUCACCUUUAUAUGAUAUACAUAUGUACUGGUUCACAUCUGAAACAUCUUCUGGACCACUUCAGGAAGCAUAUUAUUAUUUACUUUACACAUCAUUUGAACAGUUGUCUUUUAUACAAUUUUAAAAUGUGUGACUUUAUGAAUCAUCUCUUGGGUCUCUAUAAUCUAUUUUAUUCAUUAUCUUUUUUAUGAUUGUGUUGUGAUUGUUUUAUAUGUAUGUCCCCAGACCUUUAUGCAAUAUAAAAGUGAGAGAAAAUGUCUGAAUUGUUUGUGGAAGGAUGGCUUUGUUUUUACAAACUUACAUUUGUGGAUACAUCAAAUAAAUCCAGUAUUGUGUUUUAAAUAUUUUUAUGUUUUUUUGUUUUUUUAAUAUCCCAAAAACAUCAACAUCAGUCAAAGUUUGGAGUGUCAGACAAAAGCCAAUAUU